UGAGAGAGCAGCCAGCUGAGAGACCUCACAUGGGAAGAGCUUGGUCGGAUGGACAGUCCUUCAGCUCUGCAGCACCUCCAAACGGUAGCACAAGGCCAGUAACAUGAGGCCACCUGGGGCCAUGAGACGUGGGACAAAGAGAAGAUAGUCUGGAGCAGCACAGAGCCUGUCUUCAGCGUCGCUGUUACACUGUAACGGCUCUGCGGCAUUGCUCUUUGGUGUGGUUGGCACCUUGAACAUCAUCUUGCUCGAGUAGAUUCUCAAGAACUACUCACCGAAUGAGAGCAUCUUCGUGAAGUGUGGAUUAUCAGACAAAUGCAUGAUGGAAUCAAUGCAAAGAGAAACAAGAAACGAAAAGCAAGAACAAAGCUCAGAGAAGCCAAGAGACACUCCACGGCCCUGUAGCUGGCAAAGGAAGAGACAGCAGAAUAUUGAAACAGCUCCCCGGACAUGCCAGGGUCUAGGAGGCACUGCAGACUGUGUGCAGAGGCAGCUGAUUCACCGCUUGUGUUGUUAGGAUGGUGAACUUGGACAGUUUCAUAGGCAACAGAGAACCCCAGGACCCAGACGUGAUUUCUGACAUUCCAGAGAGCAGCAUGGAACAAUUGCUUCUACUUUAAUCUCCGAUGCUUACGAAGGCUGAGCUGAAGGCUGCACCACCAGAAGCUUGGAACCAGUGGAGAAUUUCAGCUCCUGUGAAUAUCGGACUUAGCCUAGUAGCUGUGCGAAGUCGCCACGUGCAGCCCAUGCUUCAAAUGGCAGGGAGUUCUGGUCCCCCUCCUCGAAGGGCUUUCCAUUGUCCUGCUUCUGAAAUACCAGAUGCCGAGGGAACUGGAGAGUCAAAAUCCCUUCUUGCUCUUGCCUCUCUGCGCCACAAGGUGGCACCGUUGAACACCAGCCUGCGCAGCCCUGUGGAGGGGAGGAAGUUCCUCUUCUGUAUUGCUGUUCCGGCAGUGAUGUUCCACACGCAGGCUCCAGAGUCCGGUCCCUUGGUUCAUGUUUGGAUAUUAUUCCCCCAAAUGAAACCCCAAGCAGCGUCCACCAGCUUUCGGGUGCUGCGCCUGAAUCACCCACCACCGAGACUCCCGUGUUUUUCCUGCGUGGAGCUGGGACAACUGGCAAAACCCGACGAAGAUGGAGAGGUGAGAUGGUCGCACUCGGUGAACCAGGCCAGUCACGGAGGACAACCACGGCCCAUACGUACGACCUGCCGGCCACUCAGAGCUCCUAAGCCUGCCACCAGUCUUCUCUCCAGGAACCUCUCCUGGGGACAGUUAGAGGGGCGGAGCGUGUCCCAGCCAAAGACACAGCUCCGUGGCACUUUGAAACACCACUUUCCUCGGCUUCCGGAAAACCAGCGAAAUCUAUUCACGAUGGGGAAGGGCCAUGCCUUUGCAGUCACCGUUGGAACUCCUAUGGCAAAGGGUACUGCCUGGCAUGCUUAUACAGAAAUGGAGACGCAAAGAGUUUGUUGCCCUGAUCACGUAGCUAUAGGCUGAAGACGAGGCUUUGAACUCAGGUGUUCCGAAUCCAAAUCUGGCAGUGUUUAACCUAAGUCUUCUGGGUCCUGUGAAGAAUAAGAGAAGAAUAAAAAGGACAGCGUCCUCCCUGUUAGCAACUUCCCACCUCAGUGGGUGCCUCCUGUGCGAUGGGAACUUUCUAUCUGGAGACACUUGAGACAGACCGCAGUACGUGACUGUACGCAAUUCACAUCCAGAGAGAGAGGCUCAGACUGCAGAUGCCAGCAGACAUCGGGUUGAGCGUGGGCUGGAGGAAGGCGCCACUGAUCGUGUGCUGCUUAAACCGAGCCCUGAUGUUUGGAAUGAUCUGGAAGGAAUUGGAGGGGUGGACACUCCUGAUUCUGACAACGGGACGAGCACGCUCUGCCCAGAUUCCUUGUUCCUGCACCGUGGGGACUUGCCUUCUUAUUUCCUCGCCCUUCUCCCCGCCCUGGCAGUCCCCUACCCCCAAGUCUUUCUGGCUUCAGACCUUUCCUCCCUGCUUCCCUCUCACUGGAAGUAACCAGCCCUGCCACUUGUGCUCACUGCACAGAUGUUUCCCUCGGUGCUCCCAGAAGACCCAGAUGUCCCAGUGCAGUAGAAACAACGUGUGUGACACACUGGCCGCAGACUUGGAGUUCACGCUGACCUGGGUCUGGAUCCGGCUCUGCUUGAGACGCGUGGCCACGGGCGAGCUGAUCGGCAGGUUGGGCCUCUACAUCAUCUCCUGUACCUCAGGGCUAUUUUCUGGAUGAAAUGAGAUAAUGCAUGGGUAAGAGGUCUGGUGCAGGUAGAGACACCCCCAAAAAUACUGGUUCCAGCUUUGCCCCAGGUUAUUUCAGCCAAGCCUGAUGGCAAAGAGGACCAGCCAGGGGGAUGGAAGAGUGAAAGCACUCACACUGGGGAAUCUGAUCGCACUGGCCUUGGUCCUGGUUCCUGAUUCCAGGAGAGUGACUUAUCUGGAGUCUUCCCAGGAGCUGUGCUCAGGACGCAACCGGACAAUGUACGCGAAGUGGUGCACCCAGAGGUUGACAUGUAGAAAGUGCUACAGCAUCACCAUCAUGGCUGAACCCAGGCCACAGAAACUGAACCCCGUGGUGGCUUCGGGCAGAACAUUUGUACCAGCCUUAGAAAGAUGAUGAAAUACGUUGCAAAUGAUGGAUCGUCUCUACAAAGCCUUUACACAGAUACGCGCUCCAUUUCUAGUAGGGGUUCCUGGGGGCCGGGAUCAUUUGGAAAUAAAUAGGGCCUGGGAGCGCCAGCACGACCGAUGUUCUUGAGUUGCCCUUGGGAGCUCACACACAACAUCCCAUCCUCAGGAUUCACACGAUGCCGAGGGCUCAUCAUGUGUCAAGAACAGAGUAACCAAACCCGGGGCAGUUGGCAUUCUGGGGCGCUUUGUCUGGGAACCUAACAGACAAAGCCAGCAUAUGGACAACAGCCUGCCAGCCUGCUUCAGGCAGGGCAGAGCCCAGGGACAGGGGGCUCUCCUCACCUGCUUGUUAGAAUGACAGCAGCAGAAAUAGGUCAAAGGUGAAUGCACCGAAUAUCUUCCUGUUUUCAGGUGCACAGCAGGAUUGAAUGGUUGCCUCAUCCCAGGAGCCCGCAGAGGGUGAACGGGCAGAACUGAAAAGGGAAGGAGACUCAGCUGAGAUGAGGCCAACCCCAGCGCGUUUUAAAUCAGGGCCCUGAGUGCCCUGGGCCUUCCCUGGGACUCGGCCUCAGGGCCUGCUUUUAUUAUCUUUACACCGCUCGGGUCCACGCAGGUUUGGCAGGCAUGAGACACGGAACAGAGGGGACCCAAGUGAAUCAGCCUUCAGGAAUAGAACUGCUUGCAGGAAAAGUGCUCUUGCUGCGACGUAUUUUCAUGCUUCUAGACCUGCUUAAAAUACGUGGUGUUAACAGAGCCUGCCCUUACUAUGAGAAGGUGGGCUGUGCAGCUGAGACCAGGCAGGAAUACGCUGAGGACACCAGUAAGAACAAAAGCAGCUCAAACACAUUGAGUGCUUACUAUGUGCCAGGCACUUCUGAGCGUUUGACAUAUGUUAAUGCAGGCAGUCCGGGUUUUUAAUCUUGAUUUCCCUUAUGAAUUUGCUCUGCGUCCUUGAGAACUUACCCACCUUCUUUAAACAGAGAGAGAAUCACAUGCAUUUCAUAGGUUUGGGGGAGAGAAUUAAA